UUGGUCGUGGUUCUUAAGAAAAAUAUUAAAAUUUUUUUUUAUUUUUUUUGGUGUUGAACAAAAAAGCAACAAAAAAAAAAAGAAAAAAAAUCGUAUAUCUCGCGUAUAUCACACACAAAUAAAUAAAAUUAUUUUUAUUGAUUGAAAGUUUUUAAUUGAAUAAUUUUACAUACAAGAAGCAAAAAAAGGAGAAGAUUAUUUUAAAAACGAAAUUUAAUUUAAAUUUUUAUAUUAAAAAAAAGAAAAAAAAAAAAGGAAUUGUAAAUUAAAAAAAUUUUCUUUUAAAGCUAAAAGAAAAAAGAGAGCAUGUAAUAAUAUUACAAAUACACUUAAGCCGGCCAUUAUUAUAUUUUGUUUUUUAAAAAGAAAAGAAAAUAGAAAAAAAUGUACCGUGUAUCUACUAUCGUGGUGGUGUAGAAACGAACGAAGUGUAAAAAAAACACCAAUAAUAAAAAAAAAAUGAAUUGUUAAAUCUUUAAUUUAAAAUAUAUUAAAAUUGGAAAUUUUUUCAACUCUUGUGCUUUAUAAAAUUUUAUUUACUUGGAUUUUAUUUUAAAACAAAAAAGAUAUAUGUAAGCUUUGCUAUUUGAUCAUAAAGUUGAAGAAAGUAUUAAAUACAAAACAACAUCAGAACAAAGAAAAAUGAAAAUUUGAAAUGAAAUAAACGUUUUUUUUAAUUAUUGAAAAUAUUAUCAACACAAAUAGGGAAUAAAACGAAAAUGUAAGAUUUGAUUUUAAAAAAAUAAUAAUAUAAAUAUUUCUUUAUAAUAAGAAAUAUAAAAUUUAUUUAAACAAAGUUACAAGAUUAAAGAAUGCAUUAAAAAAUUUAUAUAAAAUUGAUAUCUAUUUAAAUAUAAAUAAGAAAUAAUAGAUAAGAAAUUUAAAAUUGUACACAUCUAUAUAUAUAACUUCAUAUUAUUAAUUGUAUAAAACGUAUUCGUACAUUCAUUUAAAAAAAGAAUUACUUUUUAAAGUAAACGGUUGCAAACGUUUUUAAAACCCGAAACAUUUAAAUAUAUAUUAACUGAAUUAUUUGUAAAAAAAAAAUAUUUAACAUAUUUUCAUUGACAAUUUUGUAAAACAAACAAAAGGAAAAAGACCGAAAAUAAAAGUUUUUAUUUAAUUUCAUUGUUACAACUAAAUAUAUAAUAUAAUUUUUAUGUUUAUGAAUAAAAAUCGUUCAUCACGAGCAGCAGCAGCAGCAGCAGCAGCAGUAAUAGCAUUAGUUAAGGGUGAGACACGUAGAAAAGAAAGAACACAAAAAGUAAUUACAGAACAACUACAGCAACAAAAAUUACAAAAACAACAAAAACAACAACAGCAGCAGCAAAAACAACAGCAACCCAGUAAAAAAUAUAAAACUAUAAAGAAAAAUUUAAAACCUACAAAAUAUAAAAGUCGCAGAUUAUUAUUAAAAAAAAAUCAAGAAAAUAAAAAUCAUCUUCAUCAAAUUGAAUCCAUAUCAUCUUCGUCUUCAUCAUCAGAAGCAGUAGUAUUUAAAAAUUUAUUAAUAAUUAAAGAAAAGAAUAAAUUAAAUACUGAAAAAGAACAAGAAAAUAAAUUGUGUUUACAGCAACAAAAACAACAAGAAAAAAUACAACAGCAGCGAACUAAACAACAGCAACAACAAUACGAUUUACAAAUAAAAUCACUGAAAUUACAGCAGAAUUUAAAGCAGGAAGACAUCAAAAAAUAUAAAAUUAAUAAAAGAAAUACAAAAUUAUUUAAAUUAAAAAAUUUACCCUCAUCUUCAAGCACAUCAUCAUUACUCUUACCACAAUUACCACAACAAAUAUUAUCCUCAUCACACACAUCAUUGCUAUCAGAUUUAAUUAAAAGUCAUCAAAAGCCACAAAAACAACAUAAUAGAUCAAAACAAAUUAAUAAAGGCAAUAAAUUAAAAAUUAAUGAUAUAUCUGAAAAAAGUAACACUAAGUCAAAUAAAAUCAAAAAUAUUGCAAAAAGAAGGACUUCAAAAUUAAACAAAACUAAUAAUAAUAAUAAAAAUAGUAAUAAUAAUAAGAUUAAUAAUAAUAAUAAGAAUAAUAAUAAUAAAAAUAAUAAUAAAAAUAGUAAUAAUAAUAAAAAUAAUAAUACUAAUAAUAGUAAAAGCAAUAAAGUAAUUAAAACACCAAAAACAGCGAUUAAUAGAAAAACUGCUAAAACAAAAAAGUUAAUAACAACACGUUCGAAAAAAAUUAAAUUAUUGAAUGAUAAUGGGUUUAAUAUCAAACAUUCCUUAUGUAAUAAUUAUAAUGAAAAAAACAAAUCAAUGAUGCCACCUUCGCCAAACAAGAUUUUAAAUCAAAAUUCUGUUGUUGCAGUAAACACAAAUAACAAUAGUAAUACUAAUAAUACUGAAGUAUUAGUAAUAUCAUCACCAACAUCAAGAUCAUCUGCAACAACAUCAAUAACUGUAUUAACAACAGCCCCAGCUACAACAGAAACACUUAUAUCUGCAGUAUCAUCUUCCAGAGUAGCAGCAAUUACAACACCAAUAACAAAUUCAUUACAAGCAUCAUCAUCACCAUCAUCAAUAGUCAAACAGUCUUUGUUGCAGUCCUCAUCUAACAAAAAUAUUUUGACAGGAUCAUUAUCUUCCUUAACAGUGUCAUCACCUAUUUUACCAGUUGUUACAACAACAACAGCGGCAACUACAACAUGUAUAUCAAAUAUUUCAUCUCCAAGAAAAUUGCAACACCAAAAACAAAAUGUUGAUAAUGUUAAUAGUUUAAAUUUAUCAAAUAAUUCGAACAAUAUUAAUAGUAAUUUAAAUAAUAUAACAUUUAAAACAAACACUUCAUCAUCAUCCAUAACAGUUCAAACGACGCCUUCAACAAAUUCAACAAUAAAUAACCAACCAAACUUAAAUUUUGGUAAAACAAAUUUUUCACCAAUACAAACAUCACCUUUAAAGAAUACAAAUAAUAGUAGCCAGGACUUAACAAAUAUAUCAAAUCCUAAUAAUAAUAAUAAUAAUAUUAAUAAUAGAAAUAAUAGUAAUAUAAAUAAUAAUAGUGGAAUUAAUGUUAACAAUUCGACAACAAAUGGUUCACAAAGACAAAAUUAUCCGCAUAGUUCUUCAACAUUUUCAUUAAAUAAAAAUGAAGAAUUUCAUUUUAUAAAACCACCUGAAUGUCCAGUAUUUAAGCCAAAUGAAGAUGAGUUUAAAAAUCCACUUGCCUAUAUUGGUAAAAUUCGUCCAUUUGCUGAAAAAUAUGGCAUUGCUAAAAUUCAACCACCCAAAUCAUGGACACCGCCUUUUACGGUUGAUGUUGAUAAAUUAAAAUUUACACCAAGAGUACAACGUUUAAAUGAAUUGGAAGCAAAAACUCGCGUUAAAUUAAAUUUUUUAGAUCAAAUUGCAAAGUUUUGGGAAUUACAAGGUUCAUCACUGAAAAUACCAAUGGUGGAACGAAAAGCACUUGAUUUAUAUAGUUUACAUCGUAUUGUGCAAGAAGAAGGUGGUAUUGAACAAACAACUAAAGAACGUAAGUGGUCAAAAGUUGCGCAACGUAUGGGUUAUCCAUCUGGUAAAAGCAUAGGCGCAAUAUUAAAAGGACACUAUGAAAGAAUUUUACAUCCGUUUGAUACAUUUACAUCCGGAAAAGCAAUUGAUAUAAAACUAGAGACUGAAAUUGAUGAUCAAGAUUAUAAACCACAUGGUAUUGUUUCAAGACAACAAAUAACGCCACCAAAUGAAACAACAGCACGUCGUUCAAAGCGUUUCGCAAAUGCAACCCAAGCAACAUGUGGUUUAGGUAGUACGCAAUCAAAUAAUAAUAAUAAUAAUAACAAUAAUAAUAAUAAUAAUAAUAAUAAUAAUAAUAAUAAUAAUAAUAAUAAUAAUAAUAAUAAAGGCAGUAGUAAUAAUAGUGAUAAUAAUAAAAAUAAUAAUAAUAAUAUUUCAACAAUACCAAUUAUUUGUAACAUUUCAUCUAAUUAUAUUAACGAUAAGUUAAUAAAUACACAAAUUUCUAACAGUUCUAGUGACAGUAAAUGUAAGAGUAUCAAUAUUAAUAAUAAUGAUAAUAAUAACAAUAGUAGUUCAAUAAUACCUAAGAGUUGUAAUAUUGCAAAUAAUGAUAACAAAGAUAUGUUAUUGAAUAUACAAAAAUCUAAUAGCACUAGUGAUAAUGCAAAUAAUAAUAAUAAUAAUAAUAAUAAUAAUAAUAAUAAUAAUAAUAAUAAUAAUAAUAAUAAUAAUAAUAAUAAUAAUAAUAAUAAUGGCAAUAAUAAUAAUAAUAAUAAUAAUAAUAAUAAUAAUAGUAAUAAUAAUAAUAAUAAUAAUAAUAAUAAUGAUAAUAAUAAUAACAAUAAUAAUAAUAUUAAUAAUGACAAUAAUAGUUGUAAUAGUAAUAAUAAUAAUAAUACUAAUAAUAAUGACAAUAAUGACAACAAUAAUAAUAAUAAUAACAAUAAUUACAAUAAUAACAAUAAUAAUAAUAAUAAUAAUAAUAAUAAUAAUAAUAAUAAUGAUAAUAAUAAUAAUGAUAAUAAUAAUAAUAAUAAUAAUAAUAAUAAUAAUAAUAAUAAUAUUAAUAAUAAUAAUAAUAAUAAUAAUAAUAAUAAUAAUAAUAAUAAUAAUAAUAAUAAUAAUAAUAAUAAUAAUAAUAAUAAUAAUAAUAAUAAUAAUGAUAAUGAUAAUAAUAAUAAUGAUAAUAAUAUUAAUAACGAUAAUAAUAAUUAUAACAGUAAUAAUAAUAAUAAUAAUAAUAAUAAUAAUAAUAAUAAUAAUAACAAUAAUAAUAUUAAUAAUAAUAAUAAUGACAAUAACACUAUUAAUAAUGUUAAUAACGAUAAUAACACUAUUAAUAAUGUUAAUAAUAAUAACAAAAACAGUAACAAUAUCAACAAUAGUAAUAUUAAUAAUGAAGGUAGUGCUAAUAACAGUCUUAAUAUCAACGAUAGUGAAAAUGGUAAUAGUGCUAGUAAUGAUAUUAUAAUUAUAAAUAAUAAUAGUAAUAAUAAUAAUAAUAAUAACAAUAAUAAUAAUAAUAGUAAUAAUAAUAAUAAUAAUAAUAAUAAUAAUAAUAAUUAUAAUAUACAAAGUAGUAACAAUAGUAAUAAUAAUAAUAGUGAUAAUAAUACCAUAGAAAAUAGUAACAGCAGUAAUAAUAAGAAUAAUAAUAACGGAAAUCGUAAUAGUAACAGUAACAUUAAUAAUUAUGAUACCAAUAUUAACAAUAAUAACAAUGAUAAUGUUAAUGUAAGCACUUCAUCAACAAUAUCAAUUAAGGAUGAAAUCAAAGAUGAAUAUAAUUCAAUUGGAUAUGGUGAAUAUAAACGCAUGCAUUCAUAUGGUUUCGGUGGUAAAAUGGCAACAGGUGGAUGUGGUCGAGCAAAUAGAAAAUCAAUGCACCAUCAACUGUUACAAUCAUCAAUAAAUAGUGUAAAUUUGAAAAGAAAACAGAAAAAGAAUGAUCCACUUGCGAAAUAUAUAUGCCAUUUUUGUAAUCGUGGUGAUGUUGAAGAGAAUAUGUUAUUGUGUGAUGGAUGUGAUGAUAGUUACCACACCUUUUGUUUAAUGCCACCAUUGAAUGAUAUACCAAAAGGUGACUGGCGUUGUCCAAAAUGUGUUGUCGAGGAAGUAAGUAAACCUCAAGAAGCGUUCGGGUUUGAACAAGCACAACGUGAAUAUACAUUGCAACAAUUUGGCGAAAUGGCUGACCAAUUUAAAGCUGAUUAUUUCAAUAUGGCAGUUCAUUUAGUACCAAUUGAUUUAGUUGAACGUGAGUUUUGGCGUAUUGUAUCUUCAAUUGAUGAAGAUGUUACUGUUGAAUAUGGUGCUGAUUUACAUUCAAUGGAUCAUGGAAGUGGUUUUCCAACGAAAUCUUCAUUAUAUUUAUUACCUGGCGAUCAGGAAUAUGCUGAAUCAAGUUGGAAUUUGAAUAAUUUGCCUAUACUAGAAGAAUCAAUAUUGGGACACAUUAACGCAGACAUCAGUGGUAUGAAAGUUCCGUGGAUGUAUGUGGGUAUGUGUUUCGCAACAUUCUGUUGGCAUAAUGAAGAUCAUUGGAGUUAUUCAAUUAAUUAUUUACAUUGGGGUGAACCCAAAACGUGGUAUGGUGUUCCUGGCUCAAAAGCAGAAGCAUUUGAAGAGACAAUGAAAUCAGCAGCACCGGAACUAUUUCAUUCGCAACCUGAUUUGUUACAUCAAUUAGUAACAAUAAUGAAUCCAAAUAUAUUAAUGAAAAAUAAUGUACCAGUGUACAGAACAGAUCAACAUGCUGGUGAAUUUGUAAUAACAUUUCCACGUGCAUAUCAUGCUGGUUUUAAUCAAGGUUAUAAUUUUGCUGAAGCCGUAAAUUUCGCACCAGCUGAUUGGAUGAAAAUGGGGCGCGAAUGCAUAAACCAUUAUUCAAUGUUAAGAAGAUUUUGCGUUUUUUCACAUGACGAAUUAGUUUGUAAAAUGGCUUUGAAUCCAGAUAAACUAAAUUUAGGUAUUGCGACUGCUUGUUAUUUGGAUAUGGCUGAAAUGGUUGAUACUGAAAAAAAAUUAAGAAAAUCAUUACUUGAGUGGGGCGUAACAAAAGCUGAACGUGAAGCGUUUGAACUAAUACCAGAUGAUGAACGUCAAUGUGAUUCAUGUAAAACUACGUGUUUUUUAUCGGCAGUAACUUGUUCCUGUACAAAAUCCAUAGUUUGUUUAAGGCAUUAUACCGAAUUAUGUAAUUGUUUACCUGAAAAGCAUACGCUACAAUAUCGUUAUACAUUAGAUGAAUUACCUUUAAUGUUAAAAAAAUUGAAAGUUAAAGCUGAAACAUUUGAAAAUUGGUUAUCAAAGGUACGAGAUGUUUUAGACCCUAAUACACCGACAAUAAUAACAUUAGAAGAAUUACAACAUUUAGCACAAGAAGCUGAAGAAAAAAAAUUUCCAUCAUCAGUUAUAUUAGAAAGAUUAAAUUCUGCUGUAUUAGAAGCUGAAAAAUGUGUUACAGUUAUACAACAAUUGGAUAUUAAUAAAAUGCGUACAAGAACCCGUAAUUCAUCUGAAUCAGCUAAAUAUAAAUUAACAAUGGAUGAAUUAGAUCUAUUUGUUCAAGAAAUUGAUAAUUUAUGUUGUAUUAUACAAGAAGGACAAAGUGUAAGAGAAUUAAGAUUGUUAGGAAAAGAUUUUAUUGAAGCUGCUAAACAUAUUUUAUCAAAAAAAUUAAAUAAAAUAAAUGAAAAUGAUUUAGAACAAUUAAUAGAGGAAGGGUCUGUUCUUUGCAUUGAUUUACAUGAAAUGGAAAGGUUGAAAUGUCGUUUGGAGCAAUUGAAAUGGUACAAAAAAGUUCGAGAAUACCGUGACUCAAAUGAAAAAAUUUCAUUAAAUGAUAUACAUAAUUUUCUAAAAGAGGGGCUGAAUAUAGUGCCAGAUGUUCUUAUUGAAAAAGAACUAGUUCAUUUACAAAAAGUCGUAUUAGCGAUUGAAUAUUGGGAAGAAGUUGCAAAAAAAUGUUUUGAAAGCGGUACGCAACAUGAAUUGCCGGAAAUCGAAUUAUUAUUAGAAAGAGCACAAGAUAUUGAAGGUGAGCUCCCAUCAGAACCAGCCCUGCGUGAUGCUGUUAAAAAAGCAAAAGAAUGGUUACAUAAUGUAGAAAUUUUACAAUCAAAUGAAAAUUAUCCGUAUUUCCAUACACUAGAAAAUGUUGUUAAUCGUGGGAAAAAUAUACCAUUUCAUUUAGAAGAAUUAAAGCGCAUGGAAGAACAUUUAGAGUCAGCUAAAAAUUGGAAGGAUAAAACAGCAAAAACAUUUUUAAAAAAGCAAACUCAAUUUCAUUUAAUGGAUGUUUUAUCACCAAGAUCGGAGCCAGUUAUGAUUGGAAGCAGAUUUAGGAAAAAAUUGCCGGAAGAUCAAUUUACUGAAGAUAUGACUCCACAACAAAUGGUCAAUCAGUUUAAAUCAGCUGAAGAAAAAGAAAUGGUAGACAUGCGUGAACUAAGAAAAAUAAAUUUGUCUAAAAACCCGUUAGAUGAUAAAUAUUGUAUAUGUAAACGAAAAUUUAAUGGUAAUAUGUUUAAUUGUCAAUUAUGUAAAGAUUGGUUUCAUGAACAAUGUGUACCACCACCAAAGAGUACUGUUAGAUCUAGACCACAAAAUUCCACACCGCCACCAAAUAAUAAUAGUAAUAAUUUACAAUUCACGCCACAAUUGAUAAAUUAUCGGGAGAAAGAUCGCGAAGUAAAAUACUUAUGCCCAUCUUGUAUGCGGUCACGGAGGCCUCGUUUAGAAACAAUAUUACAAUUAUUAGUAUCAUUACAACGCUUACCAAUUAGGUUACCGGAAGGUGAAGCAUUACAAUGUUUAACUGAAAGGGCAAUGAAUUGGCAAGAUCGUGCUAGACAAGCAUUUUCGUCAGAAAAUGUUUCACAAGCGUUAUCAACAUUAUCAUUAAUAUCACAAAAAGUUGAUGAAAAUUGUAAAAUUAUAUCGAACAAUAAAAAUGACGAAAAUAAUGUUAUGAAAAUUCAAAAUAAUAGUAAUAAUAAAAAGAAGUAUAUAAGUAGUAAGAAGUCUAAUGUAAAUAAUAAUGGCAAUUCAAACAACACUAGUAACAAUAAUGAAAAUUUAAGGAAUAAAAGAAGGUAUCAGUUAAAAGGUUCAAUUGCUACUACAAAAAACUCAAUUACUUCUGAAGAUGAUGAUAUGGAUGAAUCAAGUUCUGAAGAAGAAUUUCGUCAACUAAAAAUAAGUGAAAACAUUAUUUCAGCCAUUGUUUCUCAGUCGAAAAUUGAUAACUCAUCAUCGCCAACAAAAAUUGAGCACGCUUAUUCUGUAUUAUCUCCCUUUAGUAGUAUUAGUAUGUCAAGUCCAACAACAACAAUGCCAACAACUGAGCCUUGUAGUAGCCCUAUAUUAAAAUCUGAUGUGCCAUUAAUUAAUUUGGAUAAAAUAACUCGAGAAAAAUUAGAAGAUUUAAUGAUGGAGGGCGAUUUACUUGAAGUUUCACUUGAUGAAACAUUAUACAUAUGGAAAAUUUUAAAUGCAGCUAAACCAUCUAUGUCUGAUCUAGCACAUAUACAUUAUAAGUAUAAUUUAACGCAGCAGCUUUCUAACGAUAUUCUAGUCAUAAAUAAUACAACUGGCAACAAAAAACGUCGUUCAGCUGAUGAGUCCUCUAACGUACCAAUGAAGAAAUCAAUUAAUGUGAAAGGUAGUUCAUUCCUUGGAACAUUACAACCAACGUGUUUAAAAUCUGAGCCAGUUACAAAAUUAAAACGUGGUCGUAAGAUUAAGAAAUUGCCAAAAAAUUCCUCUGUACCAAGUGAAUCUAGAGAACAACAAAUUUCAAGUGGUAAUAAUAGUCCUGAUAUUGAUUCAACAAUAUUAUCUGCAUCAUUAACUGGUAUUACAACAACAAAUAGUAAUAACAAUAAUAAUAAUAGUAAUAAUAAUAAUAAAAAUAAUAAUAAUAAUUAUAAUAAUAUUACAAGUAGUAAUAAUAUUAAUGUACAAACAAUUAUUAACAAUUCUUCACCAAUAUUAAAUAAUAAUAACACAACAACGAUAUCUACGAUCAAUAUAUUAGGUACAACGAUAGCAUCAACAUGUAGUGCAAGUGCAACUUUAGCGACAGGGAUAAUAACAAGUACGUCAACAAUAACAACACCAGGAACGACAAACACAACAGUUACAACAGCGACGGUGUCUCCAACAGCAGCAACAGCAGCGACUCAAUCACCAAAUCCAUCUGGUAGCAUUGCAAAUUUAAGUGGUAAAAAAAGAAAACGUGCAACUGCUGGGAAUGUAAUAAGUAAAAAAGCUGCAGCAGCAGCGGCUGCAGCUGCCGCGCAAGCUCAGUUAGAAGAAAUCGCAGCUGUAGCCACCACAGCAGCGUCCACAUCUGAUGAUGAUGAAGAGUGUAGUGCACCAAAUUGUGCCAGGCCUUCAGGUCGCGAAGUUGAUUGGGUUCAAUGUGACGGUGGUUGUAACAAAUGGUUCCACAUGUUCUGCGUUGGGUUAGAUAAAAAUGAAAUUAAGCCUGACGAUGACUAUAUAUGUAAACGUUGUAAAAAAGCAUCGCAAAAAUUUAGUACUAAUAAUAAUAGUAAUAGCUCAACAAAUUUGAGUAAUCCUGUAACAGUAGUAGCAACCACUACAACAACAGUUUCGCCUUUCACAACAUUAGGAAACACGACGGUGUUAAAAACAACGGCAAGCUUAAUAAAUCAUUUGGAUAUAUCAACAGAAUUAGCUCCCACACUAACUAUUCAAAUGCCAGUAUCAACAGUGGUUAUGAUGUUGACAACAGCGUCAACAACAACAACAACAGCUACAACGUAUGUUUUAAAUAAUAAUUGGUAACACAGAAUAACUCUGAAAAAAGAAUAAAGCGUAUAGUACACAAACACAGGCACAAUAUAAGAUGUUCUUUUACUAAUUUUUUUGUGGCUUACUCGUCUUUCUCCUUCCAGCGGAUUCAAUUCUACAUAUUUUAUUUAAAUAUUGUAUUAUAUAUAAUCAUAAGUAUGAUAAAAUCAUCAAUAACAAAAUAGAUUUAGUUAAAUUUUAUUUUUAGUUUUCGUUUAAGUGUUUGUUUUGCAUAAUACUUACAUCAAUUUUAAAAAUAUAAUUAAUUUAAUGUUAUUUUAAAAAUAAACAAAAAAAAAUUUAAUGAUUUUCCUGAGUAUGAUAAACAUAGAGAAAUAAUACAUGUUACAAUAUACAAAUAUAAUAUAUAUAAAAUUAAUGUAUAAAAAAAAACAAAAUAUAUAAAAAAAAUAAAUCAUAAAGCAAAAGAAUCUUCUGAAUUCAUUUUUCGAAUUCUAAAGAAAUUUCAAAAUUCUAUUUAAGUAUUGAAUAAAUUUAAAUAAUUUAAAAUUGAAGAAAAACUAACAUAUAUAAA